AUGGCUCAUGAGCACAAAUCUUCUGCUCUUUUCUUUCCCUGUCGUUUUCAUAGCUGCCUUAGGGUCUGUUUAUCUCCAUUUACAGAAGAAGCUGGAAAAGCCAAACUCCAAAAGUGUUGUUACAAGAAAUCGUUUGUCCUUCUUAAGACGUCCAGCAAUUGUGAUGGCUCCUUUGGAAUUGUGACUGCAAUGGAGCUUGCUUUUGCAGCCAUGUUUAUUGCACUCUUGAUCUGGUCUCUUGCCAACUACUUGUAUGUCAAUUUUGGGCAUCUCUACAUGCAUAAAGUAGGGGAGAAAGUGUGGAAAGCUAAGUUUCGAAGUGUGUCAUUGAGACUUGGAUAUGUUGGAAACAUAUGCUGGGCAUUUCUCUUCUUUCCUGUCACACGAGGAUCUUCGAUUCUGCCUCUCGUUGGGCUUACAUCUGAAUCCAGUAUCAAGUAUCAUAUCUGGCUCGGUCAUCUUUCCAUGAUUCUUUUUGCUGCACAUACCGUCGGUUUCAUCAUAUACUGGGCGAUGACUAAUCAAAUGGCUCUGAUGCUGGAAUGGAGCAAAACCUGGGUAUCAAAUGUUGCUGGAGAGAUUGCAAUUGUUCUUGCAUUAGCAAUGUGGGUGACUAGCUCUUACCGUAUUAGGCUUAAAAUGUUUGAGGUUUUCUUCUACACCCACCAACUAUAUAUUCUCUACAUAGUCUUCUAUCUAUUGCAUGUUGGUGCUGCCUACUUCUGCAUGAUAUUGCCUGGGAUCUUCCUCUUUAUCAUCGACCGAUACCUGAGAUUCUUACAGUCACAGCGACGGGCAAGAUUAGAGUCAGCUCGUCUCUUACCUUGUGGUAUUAUCGAGCUGACUUUCUCCAAGAGUCCAGGGCUGUAUCAUAAUCCAACAAGCAUACUUUUUCUAAAUGUCCCUAGCAUUUCGAAACUACAAUGGCAUCCUUAUACUAUAAGUUCAAGCUGCAAUAUGGAGCAAGAUAAGCUAAGUGUAGUUGUCAAAAGACUGGGAAGUUGGUCCCAAAAGCUUUACCAAGAAAUUUCUUCUCCGCUGGAACGUCUUGAAGUAUCUGUUGAAGGACCCUAUGGACCUGCUUCAUCUCAUUUUCUAAGGCAUGAGUUGCUGGUUUUAGUGAGUGGAGCUGAUCUUGCCAUGCUAGACCUUUUGCUUCCGAUCAAUGGCACACCUGCCAACACAUCCCAAAUGCAGCUGCAAAUUGAAGCCUAUAUCACAAGAGAGGAAGAGCAGCAUAUCGCAGAUAACCUAAAGCUUCUCCAAACCAUUUGGUUCAAACCAAACCAAAUGGACUCGCCGAUUUGUGCAGGUCUAGGCCACAACAAUUGGCUAUGGCUUGGUGCAAUAAUAGCUUCGUCAUUUGUCAUGUUCCUUCUCAUACUAGGCAUCGUCACGCAAUACUAUAUCUACCCAAUUGAUCACAACACUGAGGAGAUAUACCAUUUUUCCUAUUUUGUACUAUGGGACAUGUUUUUGCUUUGUGCCUGCAUUUUUAUAACUUCUAGUGCAGUCUUUCUUUUCUGCAAGAAAGAGCAUGCCAUGGAAGGGAAGCAAAUUCAGAACUUAGAAGUUUCUACUCCUACAGCAUCACCAGGUUCAUGGUUUCACAACUCGGAUAGAGAGCUCGAAAGCCUUCCUCAUCAAUCACUUGUUCAAGCUACCAAGGUGCAUUUUGGUGCAAGGCCUGAUCUUAAGAGAAUUUUUUUCGAUUGCAAAGCCUCAGAUGUUGGAGUACUAGCUUGUGGACCAAGGAAAAUGCGACAUGAGGUUGCCAAAAUUUGUUCAUCUGGUUUAGCAGAUAACUUGCACUUUGAAUCCAUUAGCUUCAACUGGUGA